CAAAAAUUACAGUCAUGCCAUCGCCAGCCAACAAGAGAGAUAUCCACCAUCAAAACUUCGAUUUUGAAAGCUCUUUUAGCCUCCUCUUCUCCCUUUCUCUCUACUCAACCUCACGCUCUUCUCAAUUUCUGAUGUCUCCUCAUCUCUACAUCUCUCUUGUUCUCUUCAGCUUUCUCUUCUCUCAUCAUAUUUCCUCUGCUUCAGACUCCAUCACCGUCAAAGACUCUCUCUCUGGAGAUACCAAGCUGAUCUCUAAUGGAGGAAAAUUUGAGCUGGGUUUCUUCAGACCAGGUAAAUCCCCUUACUACUACAUAGGGAUCUGGUACAGCCUCGACAGGGUCUCUCAGCUCACCCCAGUUUGGGUUGCGAACAGAGCAACCCCAAUCUCUGAUCACACCCAAACAGAGCUCAAAAUGUCCACCAAUGGCAAUCUAGUCCUCUCAAACCAAUCAAACCCCUUGAUUUGGUCCACAAACAUCACCACGACCUCUAAAUCCACCAUUGCUGUGCUUCUUGAUAGUGGAAAUCUUGUUUUGAGGGAUGGGUCAAAUCCCAAUUUAACUUUGUGGCAGAGUAUUGAUCACCCAACUCACACGUGGCUCCCUGGAGGCAAACUGGGGCUAAAUAAAGUCACUGGGGAGCUUCAGCGUUUGAUUUCUUGGAAAACCCAAGAUGAUCCUUCUCCUGGGAUCUUCUCUCUUGAGAUUGACCCAAAGGGGUCCAGCCAAUACUUCAUCCUUUGGAACAAUUCUUUCAGGUAUUGGACUAGCGGGACAUGGAAUGGGAAAAUUUUCAGCUUGGUUCCAGAGAUGACUGCUAAUUAUAUCUACGAUUUCAGUUAUGUCUCGAAUGCAACUGAGAACUACUUCACUUACACUGUAAAAGCAGACUCCUCUCUCAUUUCAAGGUUCAUAAUGGAUUUAUCGGGACAAAUCAAGCAGUUGACUUGGGUUGAGAACAGCAAUUCAUGGAUCCUGUUUUGGUCUCAGCCGAGAGCGCAAUGCGAGGUUCAUGCUUUAUGUGGGCCUUUUGGUAGCUGCAAUGAGAAUGCGUUGCCCUAUUGCAACUGCUUAAAGGGUUUCGACCAGAAAUCGCCUUCAGAUUGGGGUUUGAGUUAUUGGGCUGGAGGUUGUGUGAGAAAUACUCCAUUGCAAUGUGAAACGAAUGGCUCUGGCCAUGGUGGACAAGGGGAAAAAGAUCGGUUUUAUACCAUGUCGAACAUGAAGUUGCCCGACAAUGCUCAGAGCCUACAAGCAGGGAGUCCUUCAGAUUGCGAGUCGGAGUGCUUAAAUAAUUGUUCUUGUACUGCAUAUUCUUAUAAUAGUAGCGGUUGCUCAGUUUGGUACGGGAACUUGCUUAAUCUCCAAGAGCAGUAUGCUGGUCCCGAAGAAGGAACUGUUUCCCUUCGUCUCGCUGCUUCCGAGCUUCCAGACUCUAAAAGCAAUAAGGGAGUUGUUAUUGGGGUCGUAGUAGCCGGUGUUGCUUGUUUCUUGGGUUUGUUGAUCGUUACGUGGUUGCUAAUUUGGCAUAAGAAAAGAAGAAGAGGGAUGGUGGGUAAAUCCACAGUGGUGGAGGGCGGUUUGGUUGCAUUUAGAUAUGGUGAUUUGCAGCGCGUGACGAAAAACUUCUCUGAGAAAUUGGGGGGAGGAGGGUUUGGGUCGGUGUUCAAAGGUGUCUUACCCGAUUCCACUGAAAUUGCUGUGAAGAAACUCGAAGGGCUUCAUCAAGGAGAGAAACAGUUCAGGAGCGAGGUGAGCACUAUCGGGACAAUUCAGCACGUUAAUCUCGUUCGACUUCGUGGGUUUUGCUCUGAAGGAAUCCAUAAGCUACUGGUCUAUGAGUACAUGCCUAAUGGCUCUUUAGACUCUCAGCUUUUCCAAAACGAGUCUAGCAAACUUUUAGACUGGAAGAGGAGGUAUCUCAUUGCCCUAGGGACUGCUCGAGGUCUAACUUAUCUCCACGAGCAGUGCAGAGAUUGCAUCGUUCAUUGUGACAUCAAGCCAGAAAACAUACUCGUGGAUGGUUCUUUCGUCCCAAAAGUGGCGGAUUUCGGUUUAGCGAAGCUCAUUGGUCGUGACUUCAGUAGAGUUCUGACUACAAUGAGAGGAACCAGAGGGUAUCUUGCUCCUGAAUGGAUUUCGGGUGUGGCUAUCACAGCAAAGGCUGAUGUCUACAGCUAUGGAAUGAUGUUGUUUGAGAUUAUUUCUGGGAAGAGGAAUUCAGAGCAUAAUCAAGAAAACAAAGUUGGGUUUUUUCCUACUUUGGCAGCGAAUAAACUUAUGGAAGGAGAUGUUAUUAGCUUGUUGGAUAGUAGAUUGGGUGGUGAUGCUAACUUGGAAGAGGUUGUCAGGGCUUGUAAGGUUGCUUGUUGGUGUAUUCAGGAUAAUGAGGAUUCGAGGCCAUCAAUGGGGCAAGUGGUUCAGAUUCUAGAGGGUGUACUUGAAGUGAAUAUGCCUCCUAUUCCAAGAGCACUUCAGAUUCUUGCAGAUAAUCCAGGGGAUAUAGUCUAUUUCUCAGAAUUAUCUUCAAGUCAGAGUUCAAAGACUCAAAGUAGUACAUCUGCUACUUCUCAAACUAAAAGCACUUCUUCUGCGAGUUCUAAAGAUUGGAAAGCUGUAACUCCAAGAGAUUUCAAAUCCCGUGAAGUUGCAGGCCAACUUGCCAGAGAGCAAAGGCUCUCUGGAGUUUGGCCUACAGCUCCCUUGAAGUUUAAGCUUCAAGGGAUUUCAAUCGUCUACCUUCUCAGCUUUGUUUGUGUUUUAGCCAUGGCUUCUCCUAAUCUUCCAUCAAAGAUUUCUCUUGCUAUCCCACCCUCUCUGUUGUUACUUACUCUAUUCUCUGUGCAUCUCUCCUGCGCAUCAAACUUCAUCUCUGUCAAUCAAUCGCUAUCUGGACCAGAUAGGCUAGUCUCUGAAGGUGACAAGUUUGUGCUAGGCUUCUUCCAAGCAGGUAACUCGACUCGUUACUACAUAGGCAUCUUGUACAGUGAAACCAUCUUUUCUCAGACUACUGUUGUUUGGAUAGCCAACAGAGAUAUCCCAAUAAGUAACCCCCUUGAUGCCGAGCUCAAAAUCUCUGCUGAUGGCAAUCUAGCCCUCUCCUUGUCCAGUCAGCAAAUAUGGUCUACUAAUACGACUAUAACAUCGAAUUCUACUUUAGCCGUCCUCCUUGAUACCGGAAACCUUGUUCUAAGAGAUGGGUCAAACCCCAACGUUACCUUGUGGCAGAGCAUUGACCACCCAACUAACACAUGGCUUCCUGGGGGGAAGCUUGGCUUGAACAAAGUCACUGGGGAGCUUCAGCGUUUAGUGUCAUGGAAAACCGAAGACGAUCCUGCUCCUGGGGCCUUCUCUCUUGAGAUUGACCCAAAUGGGUCCAGCCAAUACUUCUUAGUUUGGAACAAUUCUUUCACGUAUUGGACUAGUGGGACUUGGAAUGGGAAAACUUUCAGCUUGGUUCCAGAGAUGACUGCUAAUUAUAUCUACGAUUUCAGUUACGUCUCGAAUGCAACUGAGAACUACUUCACUUACAAUGUAAAAGCGGACUCCUCUCUCAUUUCAAGGUUCAUAAUGGAUUUAUCGGGACAAAUCAAGCAGUUGACUUGGGUUGAGAACAGCAAUUCAUGGAUCCUGUUUUGGUCUCAACCGAGAGCGCAAUGCGAGGUUCAUGCUUUAUGUGGGCCUUUUGGUAGCUGCAAUGAGAAUGCGUUGCCCUAUUGCAACUGCUUAAAGGGCUUCAGAGCGAAAUCUCCAUCAGACUGGGGUUUGAGUGAUUGGACUGGAGGUUGUGUAAGGAAUACCCCGUUGCAAUGUGAGAAAGAUCGCUUUUAUACCAUGUCGAACAUGAGAUUGCCUGAUAAUGCUCAGAGUAUACAAGCAGGGAGUGCUUCAGAUUGCGAGUCAGGGUGCUUGAAGAAUUGUUCGUGUACUGCAUAUUCUUAUGGAAGUGGUGGUUGCUCAAUUUGGUACGGAAACUUGCUUAAUCUCCAAGAUCAGUAUACUGGUCCCAAAGGAGGAACUGUUUCCCUUCGUCUCGCUGCUUCGGAGCUUCACGAUUCUAAAACUGAAGGACCUUCUCUUCUUCGGAGAAAGAAAAUCAAGGAGGGAGUUGUUAUUGCGCCAGUUGUUAUGGGUGCUUUAACCUUACUGAUAAUCACAUUGUUACUAACUCGAAAGAGAAUGAGAAGAAGAGCAGUGACUGGUAAAUCAAAAGUAGCGGAGAAUGGUUUAGUUGCAUUUAAAUUUAGUGAAUUGCAGCGUGUGACAAAAAACUUCUCCGAAAAAUUGGGUGGAGGAAGUUUUGGUUCUGUUUUCAAAGGUAUACUCUCUGACUCCACGACUAUAGCUGUUAAGAAGCUCGAAGGGUUUAAGCAGGGAGAGAAACAAUUCUGGUCGGAGGUGAGAACAAUCGGGACAACUCAGCAUGUUAACCUUGUUAGGCUUCAUGGCUUUUGUUGUGAAAGGAAGCAGCACUUAUUAGUCUAUGAGUACAUGCCAAAUGGUUCUUUAGAUACUAAGUUGUUUCGUAAUGAAUCAAACCAAGUCUUAGACUGGAAUACUAGGUAUCAGAUUGCUCUUGGAACUGCUCAAGGUCUGACCUAUCUCCAUGAGCACUGUAGAGAUUGCAUCAUCCAUUGUGACAUCAAGCCUGAAAACAUACUGUUGGAUGCUUCUUUCGUUCCAAAAAUUGCUGAUUUUGGCCUGGCUAAGCUCUUGGGUCGGGACUUGAGCCGAAUCCUUACUACUAUGAGAGGAACCAUAGGGUAUCUUGCACCUGAAUGGAUAUCCGGUAUGUCUAUCACGGCAAAGGCUGAUGUGUACAGCUACGGAAUGAUGCUGUUUGAGAUUAUUUCUGGAAAGAGGAAUUUAAAUCUGACUGAAGAAGGAGCUGGGUUUUUUCCUACUUUGGCAGCUAGAAGACUCAUUGAAGGGGAUGUAGUUGGAUUAUUGGAUCCCAAAAUGGAGGGUGAUGCUGACUUGGAGGAGGUCGUUAGAGUUUGCAAGGUUGCUUGUUGGUGCAUUCAGGAUCAUGUGAAUUCUAGGCCUUCCAUGAGACAGGUUGUUCAGAUUUUAGAAGGGAUUCUAGAAGUUGAAAUGCCUCCUGUUCCGAGAAUCCUACAAAUACUUGCAGAUCAUUCCGGAAGCAUAGAUAUCUUCUCUGAAUUGUCUUCAAACCUUGGCCCCCUAAUGGAUGGAACUUCCUCAAAAUCUGAAACUGAAGCGCAUCUGUGAUCGAGGAUUGUUGGAGGUUUGUGAAUGUAAGUGUCCUAUCUGUAUGAGCUUACUAUAUUAUAUUCAAAUAUUUUUUAAAAUAACAGCUUUUAAUACUUUGGUUUGACUAAGGUUGGGUAGCAAUUGAUGUAUCAUUACCCAAGUGCGAAGCUUGCAUGUAAGCUUCUGCUGAUACGUUAUUUGUAUAAUUGGAUUUUCCCCAAAGUUCUAAAACUCAUAGUUUAGAAUAUUGGUGAACCAGAGUUCACUAAGAAUGAAUU